AGCUUAGCUUUCAUGUUUAACUUCAUAUGUCUAUUCCCUUUUUUCCCCUCACAUGCCACUUUUCCUUCCUCUCCUUUUCUUCCUCCACGCCCCUUUCCAUUUCUUCCAAAACUUUCAGCCCCCCUUCGCCUGCCCCGCUGUUUCCCUCUAUAAUUUCAUACCAAAACAGGAAGAAGAGCUCCAUUGGUUGUUUACCGUCCGCUCUCGUUCCGGUCAACAUCUGUUCCCCUUCCCCAAAACCUAAUCUCUGGCCCUCUCGAUCCACAAGAGAACUCGUCGAGCGGGCACCCAUGGCUUCCCUCCUCGUCUCCAUUUGCCCCGGGUAGUCUUAGACAAAGCCAAAGCCUUCGAGUAGCCCCUUUUCUUUUCCUUCUUCCGGUGCUGGUGGUGGCCUGUCUGUGGGUUUCGAGCGCAUUUUGGUGUGGGAUUAGGGUUUUCGAGGAUGGAAGGAGGUCGGCAGGGAUUAGAGAGCCUGGUUGCGGCGCGGAGGUCGCUGCGGGCUAGCCUGGACAAGUCUCGAGCGCUGGGGGUCGCGCUGGCGCGUGCGGGGCCGCGAUUGGAGGAGAUCCAGCAGCGCCUCCCCUCCCUGGAGGCCGCCGUCCGCCCGAUCCGUGCCGAACGCGGCGCGCUCGUCGCGGUCGGAGGGCAUAUCGACCGCGCCGUGGGUCCUGCUGCUGCUGUGCUCAAGGUGUUUGACGCCGUGCACGGCCUCGAGCGUUCGCUCCUCGCCGAUCCGCUGACGGACCUCCCCUCUUACCUCGCCGUCCUUAAGCGGCUCGAGGAGGCCCUCCGCUUCCUCUCCGACAACUGCGGCCUUGCCGUUCAGUGGCUUGACGACAUUGUGGACUACCUCGAGGAUAACGCCCUCGCGGACCCGAGGUUCAUCGGGAUCCUUAAGGACUCCCUCGCGUCCCUCAAGUCUUCGCCUUCUCUGCUCGAUGGCGGCCUCCUUGCUGCUGCUCUCGAUAAACUCGAGUCCGAGUUCCGCCGCCUCCUGGCCGAGAACACCACGCCUCUUCAGAUGCCACCCGACACCGGGGACGCACCCACCAUUGCGGCGUCCCCUCUCCCUGUCCCUGUCAUCAACAAGCUCCGCUCCAUUCUCGAGCGGAUUAUCGCGAACAAUCGGCUUGAUCGCUGCAUCUCCAUCUACGUCGAUGUGCGAGGUUCCAAUAUCCGUGCCAGUCUUCGUGGACUUGACCUCGAUUACCUAGAGAUCAGACCUGCGGAGUUCAGUGACGUUCAGAGCAUUGAAGAAUACAUCGACAAGUGGAGUCGCCAUCUUGAAUUUGCCGUCAAGCACCUCUUUGAGGCGGAACUCAAAGUCUGCUUUGAUGUGUUCGAGCGCACAGUGCCUCGGGAGAUGGCUGAAUCUUGCUUUGCUGAGAUUGCUGCACAGGCUGGGAUCCUUGCGUUCCUCCAGUUUGGAAAGACUGUCACAGAAACGAGGAAGGAUCCAAUCAAACUUCUCAAGCUUCUCGAUCUCUUUGCAACUCUAAACAAAUUGAGAUUGGACUUUAACCGGUUGUUUGGAGGAAAAGCCUGUGUUGAGAUCCAGAAUCAAACUAGGGAUCUCAUCAAGAGAGUGAUUGAUGGGGCUUGUGAGAUAUUUUGGGAGCUUCUUCAUCAAGUAGAACUCCAAAGGAACAUGCCGCCACCUUCAGAAGGAUCUGUUCCUAGGUUGGUGAGCUUUGUGACUGAUUACUGCAAUAAACUUCUGAGCGAGCAGUAUCAACCAGUCCUUAAUCAGGUUUUGAUGAUACAUAAAAGCUGGAAGCAGCAGAAGUUUCAAGAAAAGCUACUAACGGAGGCGAUUCUUGAUAUAUUUAAAGCUGUUGAGGCAAAUAUUGAUACUUGGUCCAAGAACUAUGGUGACAUAACUCUUUCCCACCUUUUUUCUAUGAACACACAUUGGCACCUCUACAAGAACUUGAAGGCAACCAAGCUUGGGGAGUUGUUGGGUGAGGCAAAGUUGAAAGAGCAUGAGCAGUACAAGGAUUAUUUUUCUGCACAUUUCUUGAGGGAAAGCUGGGGGAAACUCCCUCCUCUGCUUAGCAGAGAAGGAUUGAUAUUGUUCUCUGGUGGUAGAGCAAAGGCUCGGGAUCUUGUGAAGCAGCGACUGAAAGCUUUCAAUGAGGCCUUUGAUGAUAUGUAUCAGAAGCAGUCAAAUUGGGUCAUAUCAGACAAGGAUUUGAGGGAGAAAAUAUGUCAAUGGGUACUGCACACAAUUGUUCCUAGCUAUCGGAGCUAUAUGCAGAAUUAUGGGCCUCUUGUGGAGCAAGAUGCCAGUGCAAGCAAAUAUGCCAAGUAUACUGCUCAGAGCUUGGAGUCGAUGCUUGGUUCCCUUUUUCAACAUAAAACUGGGAGAACAAUGAGUCUCAACAUAAGACACUCGAAUGGAAAAGUAAGCAAUGCAAUGACAAACUUGGCACGUUCUGCCUCAACUGUGAGCUGAUGAAAUGAUCUUUUCCUGUUGGAGUUGAGCAGAAGCAGUUGCACAUCCUCCACAGGCACCAAUAUCAGAUGAAUAAGAAUGGGCAUCAAUAGUAGUAGCUGAUGGAAGAGUGAACAUAUCGAAUACAAGUACUUGAAAGUUAAACCAGUGACUAAGGUUUGGCAGCUAGAUUUAACAGUUCUCACAAAUUUGCUGUUUCAGAUAAUUGGAGACUAGAGAGCCAUUGAUGGCAGAAGGUAGACUGAAUCUUGCCCUGGGCAAAGUAUUUUUCCCAAUUGUCUUGUGAACUAGGAUGGAUGGCUGUGGUCCAUGGCAUUACUAACACAUUCCUGGUAGAAGAUACUGCUUUGUACUGCUUCUGAGGUUCUUUUCUCUCUCUGUGUCUCAUUAUGCCUUAGAUUUUUCUAGCAUUUUGUUAUUCGUUUUAGGUGUAAGGUUGGGGGAAGCAUAUAUUAGUUCACUUUUAUUUGUAAAAACUGUUCAUAAAAUUACAUGUCAUGUUCUUGUA